CAAUAUUCAUACAGCAUGCCCAAGGACCCGCAUGCGCUCGACCACCAGCUCAUGGAGCUCGAGCGCGACGACGGGCGGCGCCACCAAGAAGAGGUCGCGAAGAAGCUCGAUGCAAUCGGAAAGCAGCUCGCCGAAAUGCAGGAGAAGAACAAGCAGCUCGAGAACGAGUUGGAGUUUGACUCGCGCAACACGCGCAAGGAUCCGUACUACAAUCCUUCGUCGGCCGAGGAGAUGGCGCACGUCCAAGCCCAAGGCAACAAGUACACGCGCAUGAUUGAGAUUGAGCGGCGCAAGAUUGCACAGCACGACCUCGCGAUCCAGGACUGCGAGCGCAUCUUGGCUGAGCAAAAGCUCUCGCUCGGCCACGGCACGGCCAUGGAGCUCAGCGAGGUCCACCUCGUCAAUAAAAUCAAAAAGAUGGAGACAGAAAUUGACCGCAAAAUGGUUCGCUUCAACGCCAAGCUCGCGGCCAACAAGGCUCUGCGCGAGACGCUCGAUAUCAAGCGGGCCGAGCGCGCGACCGCCGACGUGCUCUACGCCAAGAUCGAACACGACGUGUUCCAGCGGGCCUUUGACAUCCAAGCCCAGACCAAGGAGGUCGAGCGCAUGCGGGAGCAGGUCCAGGCUAAAGUCGCCGAGCUCGAUGCGCUCAAGAGCGAGACGGACGCGUACGAAAAGCUCUGCGAAGACAAAGCGACGGCCCUUCUCAAGGAUUUGAAACACCGGGCAGCGGAGAGCAUGACCAACUCGCUCGACGACAAUGCGGUCGCGUCGCCCAAGAAAUACCUCAACCCGGGCAACGACAAGACGUUGAUUGAAGAGAAGCUCAACAAAUCCAAGCUCACGCGAAGCCGGUGGAAGAGCAUUCAAGAAAAAGUCACGUCCGAGUUAUCGAUUCAAAAGUACAACGAAAAUCGGGACUUUAUCGAAAAAAUCCACGAAGUCGCCGGCACCAAGUCGGUCGUCGACGUCAUCGAAGCCUUCACGACGCAAGAGCUCGAGCACUUUGCCAAGGUCCAGUACGUCAACCGACUCGCUGAAGACAUUGAGAUCCAUCGCGCUCAGUGCGCCAAGCUGCGGGACGAAAUCGCCAAAAUGAAGAUGCGCAACGACGCGGUCGACGUGCAAAAACUUCAGCGCAACAAGACGCUCAAGACCCGCCAAGAGAAAGCCGCCGAGCAGGAAGCGCGGCUCUUGGAGAAAACGCUGGAAAUUCAACAAACCAUGACCGUGCUCAAGCCCGCACUCAUCGCUCUGCAUGUGCGCAUCGGCUGCAAGGAAAACCAAGAGGACAAGGGGCUUCACUCGGUGCUCGGUGAAAUCGAGCAGAAAAUGGUCGAGCUGCUCCAAACGCUCCACACGAAAACGAUCGAGAAGCAGAAAGAAGGGGAAGCGAACAAUGCGCCAGCCAUGCGGUUGGGCCGGGGUAUUAGCGUCUCGGCCGUCGCGCGGUCGCUCAUGUCCCAGGGGCUCCCCCCCGAGCCCCUCAUCCUCGGCAAGACCGAGCAGCCGUAUCGCUACGGCAGUGUCAAGCCACCGACCAUGACGCUCCAUGAGAUGCACCGCAAGGAGGCAGCGGAAGAGGAGUACCCGCUCACCUACGACGAGCUCAAGUCGAAGGUGUGGAAACGGGAUACCAAGCCGGCCGACUCGACGCCUUCCAACAAGUAGUCACAAUCGAGUCUAGUCGCUUCAG